AUGGCGGGCAUCGAGCAGUUGGAAAUUCAUAGCAAGGCCUACAUUGUGCGAUGGGUCAAGGUUGACGCGGGCCACACUAUUUCAUGGAGUGUACAACCGCACAAGAAGUCGAUAAACUUCGCGAUUGUAAAACACCCCGGCACAGGAGGCACAAAUCUGAUGUCACACUCGGAUGACCUCGGCGGUUUUGAACAACACACCGACGGCGUGGCCGAAUCGAAAGCCGGGCUGUUUGGAAAGAGAGAUGUUAGCACAGCACAGGAUCAACUGGCGAAGAAGGGAUUCAUACCAAUAAAAUGGCACGGGAAAUGCGAAGCGGACAAGGUGUCAGUGGGGACAUACGACGUCACGCAAGGCGGGAUGUUCGGGCUGGUUUUUGACAAUACCUUCUCGAAGCAGACUUCUAAGACGGCUACCUUUGUUUUGCUGACCUACCCGACGGGCGCCCCGCCGCAAACGGCCCGCCAUUUGCCCAACCUACAGGCCGGUCCCGCGGCUAGCACCAGCCGGUCCAGCCUAGGAAAGUCAAAUAACAGCCCGCGACUGGGUGCGGUGACCUCGGACUCGGUAGACAGUCUUCACAGCGGCCCACAGCGCGGGCGAGCGUUGUCAACGCUGUCUGCGGCCGGGAAGAGCGAUUCUGGGGCUUCCAGUUCGUACCACGUUGGCGUGCUGCUCAAGAGGAGGCGAAAGAAGGGCCAGGGGUACGCCCGGCGAUUCUUCUCGCUGGACUAUACGACCUGUACUCUAUCGUAUUAUCACAGCCGGACAUCCUCGGCCCUUCGAGGCGCGAUCCCCCUGAGUCUGGCGGCCAUUGCUGCGGACGAGAGACGCCGCGAGAUCACGAUCGAUUCGGGAGCAGAGGUCUGGCACCUCAGGGCUUCGAACGCCAAGGAAUUCACCGACUGGGCCCGGGCCCUCGAGCGGGCGAGCAAGAUUGCGCGGGGGCUGGAGAGCGUUGUGGACGAGCCGACAUCCGAGACACAGGGCGAUCACUCGGCAAGUUCCCAGCAGGCUGGGCCCGCCACGACCCGAAACAUACAACAGGAGGAGGAUCGGGACUGGGAGCAUGUCGAGUCCCUGGUUAGCAGGAUUGUUGGCACACGGGACGCCCUUCGGCGCCUUGUCAAGGACCUGGCGGCGGAGAAGCGACCUGUCAGCAGCCACGGCAUGUACCUCUCGCCCAGCACGCCGACGGUACCGGAAGACUCGGAUGGCUAUUUCCCAUCCUCGCCUCAGCCGGCGGAUAGGCGGUCGUUCUGGAAGCGCAAAGCCAGCGGCUCGGCAUCUCCAUUAACACCGCAGUCGUUUCAGUCUGCCACGGCCGCUGCGGCAUCCCUCGCGGUCCCCACUGCUGCUGCUGCUGCGUCUCCAGCCUCCGGCGCAGCGACGCCGAACCUGAACGGUGCCAAGUCGUACGGUCCGCUACAGGGAGACCGUGACACCCACGACAGCUGCGCGGCACUGCUGAAGGAUCUGGACUCGGUUGUGGUCGAGUUCUCUAGCCUGCUUAACACAAGCAAACGCAGGCGGAUCCCACUGCAAGCGGCUGCGGCCCCGAGGAGGAGCCUCGAAUCGACGACGUCGACAGUGGAGGAGUUCUUUGACGCGGAGGCGGGUGACUCGGACAAGUCGCAGAACCAGGUCCUGCUGAUCGACCGCCGUAGCGAGGAGGACGAAGGCGAAGAAACCCCCGCGUCGGAGGCCGAGGAAGAGGAGGUCUCGAUCGACGACUCCUCGUCGAUCUCGUCGGUUGAGGACAAUGAAGCGCAGCCCGCGGCGGAUGGGGCCGACAGUCUAUUCCCCGCGAAGCCAAAGUCGCUCACACCACUCCCCAUUACCGACGCCGUGGCCCGGCGCAAGACCAUCCCACCGGCCAAGGUGGCGCCGCCCAGCUUAAUUGCGUUUGUGCGCAAGAAUGUCGGCAAGGAUCUUAGCACGAUCUCGAUGCCCGUGUCCGCGAACGAGCCCGUCUCACUACUGCAGCGUAUGGCCGAGCAGCUCGAGUACGCGCCGCUUCUCGACGCCGCGGCACGCCAGGACCAGGCGAGCCACCGGCUGUUGUACGUCGCGGCGUUCGCCAUCUCGCAGUUUAGCAACGGGCGUGCCAAAGAGCGGGCCAUCCGCAAGCCGUUCAACCCGCUGCUGGGCGAAACGUUUGAGCUGGUGCGGAGCGAAGCCGAAGUCCCUGGUGGAUUGCGGCUGCUAGUCGAGAAGGUGUCACAUCGCCCCUGGUCGUUUGCGCAAUCGCCGGCGCCAACGCAGAAAUUCUGGGGCAAGAGCGCCGAGCUGACGACGGAGGGACGGGUGCGGGUGAGUCUAAGGCUGGCUACGGGAGGCGAUGGGGACGAUGCGGGAUCGCAGGAGGAGCACUACAGCUGGAACACGGCGACCGUGUUUCUGCGCAACGUCGUCAUGGGCGAGAAAUACGUCGAGCCGGUCGGGACCAUGCACGUUUGCAACGACACCACGGGCGCCAAAGCCACCGUCGAGUUCCGCUCGAAGGGUGUCUUUGGCGGCCGCGGCGAGGAAGUCUAUGUCGACACCGUCGGUCCAGACGGCGACAACCUCGGUGUCACCAUGUCGGGAACAUGGACCAACGCUCUCAAGAUGCAGCCCGGCAACCGCGAGGUCUGGAAAGCCGGGUCGCUGGUCGACAAGCCGGCGACGACGUACGGCCUGACGACAUUUGCGGCGAGUCUGAAUGAGAUCACGGCGCUGGAAAAGGGCAAGCUGCCGCCGACGGAUUGCCGGCUGCGGCCGGACCAGCGCUUGGCAGAGCAAGGCGAGCUGGACGAGGCGGAAGAGUGGAAGGUGAAAUUGGAGGAGGCGCAGAGGCAGAGGAGGAGGGUGAUGGAGGAGCAAGGGGAAGAGUGGAAGCCGCGGUGGUUUACGAAGGUGCCGACUGGGCAGGAUGCUGCUGGAAGUGGUGGUGGUGGUGAGGAGGUUUGGAGGUUGAAAGGGGGUAAGGAUGGGUAUUGGGAGGAGAGGGCGAAGGGGCAGUGGUCUGGGAGACGGGAGCAAGAGCAACGCGGCAUCCGCAUCGCCAUCGACCGCGGCGGCACCUUCACAGACUGCGUCGGGACCUACCGCGGCCAAGACGUCGUCAUCAAGCUACUCUCCGAAGACCCCGCCAACUACGCCGACGCGCCGCUCGAAGGCAUCCGUCGCAUCAUGUCCCAUUUCUCUAACGACACAAAUGAGAUCCCGCGCGGCACCCCCCUCGACACGGCGCGCAUCGAGUCCAUCCGCAUGGGCACAACGGUGGCAACGAAUGCGCUGCUGGAGCGUAAGGGGGAGGAGAUUGCGUUGGUGGUGACGCAGGGGUUUGGGGAUUGUCUGGUUAUUGGGAACCAGUCGCGGCCUAAGAUCUUUGAUCUGGCGAUUCGGAAGCCGGAUGUGCUGUUCUCGCGGGUGGUGGAGGUUGAGGAGAGGGUUACGCUGGAGGAUUAUGCGGAGGACCCGGAGCGGACGGUGACGAAGGUGGAUGGGAAAGCGGGUGGGUUGAACAGUAAUGGCUCCGGGACCGCAGCAGACGACGACUUGGUGAUGGGACUGUCGGGGGAGGUGGUGCGGAUUUUGAGGCGGCCUGCAAGGGAGAAGGUGAGGGAGCAGUUGCAGGCGGUGUAUGAUAGCGGGAUCCGGAGCGUGGCGGUUUGCUUGAUGCAUGCGUAUACGUUUCCGGAUCAUGAGGCGUUGGUGGGCGAGGUGGCGCGGGAGAUUGGGUUUGCCCAUGUCUCGCUGAGCCAUGAGUUGAUGCCCAUGAUCAAGCUGGUGCCAAGGGCCACGUCGGUGUGUGCGGAUGCGUACUUGACGCCGGCGAUCAAGCGGUAUAUUGAGGGGUUCCAGGCUGGGUUUGAGGGCGGGCUUGGUUCGAAAAGUGUCAGGGAUGAUGCAAAGGACGCUACGGCGAGCAGCGGCGGGAGCAGAAACAAGGGCGCGCGAUGCGAGUUUAUGCAGAGCGACGGCGGGUUGGUGGAUGUGGACCGAUUCACGGGGCUUCGGGCUAUUCUAUCUGGCCCAGCGGGCGGUGUGGUCGGGUAUGCCAUCACGUCGUACGAUGAAAAGACCAAAAUCCCGGUCAUCGGCUUCGACAUGGGCGGUACCAGCACCGAUGUCUCGCGCUACGGCGACGGCCGGUACGACCACACCUUUGAGACCACCACCGCAGGCGUCACGAUCCAGUCGCCACAGCUGGACAUCAACACCGUGGCUGCGGGAGGCGGGUCGAUGCUCUUCUUCAAGAACGGCAUGUUUGUUGUUGGGCCCGAGUCCGCCGGUGCUCACCCAGGCCCAGCGUGUUAUCGUAAAGGAGGGCCCGCUACGGUGACGGAUGCGAACCUGUUCCUCGGCCGCCUCCUGCCCGAGUUCUUCCCCAAGAUCUUUGGCCCGAACGAGGACCAAGGGCUGGACCCCGAAGCGAGCCGAAAGGUGCUGCAGGCGCUGGCUGACCAAAUCCACGACGAGACAGGCAAGAAGAUGGACGUGGACGAGGUUGCGUACGGGUUCCUGACUGUCGCCAACGAGGCAAUGACCAGGCCGAUCCGCAGCAUCACCGAGGCCAAGGGCCACGACACGUCUCGGCACCGUCUGGCUACAUUUGGCGGUGCGGGCGGGCAGCACGCUGUGGCCAUUGCCGCGUCGCUUGGUAUCAAGCAGAUCCUCAUUCACCGGUACUCGUCAGUGCUAUCGGCAUACGGCAUGGCGCUGGCUGAUGUCGUGGACGAGCGACAGGAGCCGGAUUCGACUGUGUGGACGGGCGAGCGUGAGGUGGUCGACCAGCUGAAGCGCAGAUUGGACGGGCUCAAGGCCAAGUCCCGGGAGGCGCUGCGGGACCAGGGGUUUGAGGACGACGACCAGGUCGUGUUCGAGGAGUACCUCAAUAUGCGGUACCGCGGGACCGAGUCGGCGCUGAUGAUUAUCAAGCCCGGCGGGGACGAAGAAGAGACAGCGUGGGAUUACGGCAAGGCGUUUGUUGAGCACCAUCGGUACGAGUUUGGGUUUACCCUGGACGAGCGGGACAUCAUCGUCGACGAUGUGCGGGUGCGGGGGAUUGGCAAGAGUUUCCGGUAUGACAAGAAGACGGUGGAUGAGCAGCUGCAGGAGGUGUCCCCCAAGGAUGUGUCGGCGAGCAAGCAGCAUUCUGAGGCGGAUGUGUACUUUGAAGGGGGCCGGGUCAAGUCGCCGGUCUACAAGCUGGGCGAUCUCGACGUGGGCGAGGUCGUGAAGGGCCCCGCGAUGCUGGCUGAUGGCACGCAGACUAUCGUUGUGACGCCGAGGACGACUGCUCUGGUGCUAGACACCCACGUUAUUAUCGAUCUUUCGGCGGCUGCAGCUGACAAGUCUUCUUCUGAGAAGGCCACAACCACGGAUACACCAAACCCUUCAAGCUACGACGACGUUGACCCGAUCAUGCUGUCCAUCUUUGGUCACCGCUUCAUGGCCAUCGCCGAGCAGAUGGGCCGCGCGCUGCAAAAGACCAGCGUCAGCACCAAUGUCAAGGAGCGCCUCGACUUCUCGUGUGCCAUCUUUGACGCACACGGCGGGCUCGUGGCCAACGCGCCGCACUUGCCCGUCCAUCUGGGCUCCAUGUCGACGUGUGUGCGCCGCCAAGCCGAGAUCUGGAAGGGGAGACUCAGUAAAGGAGACGUCAUCAUCACGAACCACCCGUCGUACGGCGGCACCCACCUGCCCGACGUGACCCUCGUCAUGCCCGCCUUCAACGCGGCCGGCGACAAGAUCCUGUUCUACGCCGCGUCGCGCGCCCACCACGCCGACAUUGGCGGCAUCACCGCAGGCAGCAUGCCGCCGCACUCGCGCGAGCUCCACCAAGAAGGCGCCGCCAUCAAGAGCGAGAAACUCGUCAGCCAGGGCCGUUUCAACGAGGAGCGCGUGGUCCAGCUCUUCUACGACGAGCCCGCCCAGCACCCGGGCUGCUCCGGCACGCGCUGUCUCGCCGACAACAUCAAUGACCUCCGCGCGCAGGUAUCCGCCAACCAAAAGGGCAUCUCCCUGAUCGAAGGGCUCAUCGCCGAGUACGGCGAAGCCACCGUGCAGUUCUACAUGGUCGCCAUCCAACACAACGCCGAGCAACAAGUCCGCGCCCUCCUGCGCACCGUCCACACCCGCUUCCAAGGCCGCGACCUUACCGCCGAGGACUUCAUGGACGACGGCAGCCCCAUCCGCCUACGCAUCACCAUCGACCCGGACCUCGGCGCAGCCGUCUUCGACUUCGCCGGCACUGGCCCCGAAGUCUACGCCAACAUCAACGCGCCCCAAGCCAUCUCCUACUCCGCCAUCAUCUACGCCCUCCGCUGCAUGAUCUCCGAAGACAUCCCCCUCAACCAAGGCUGCCUGGCCCCCAUCACCGUCCUCAUCCCCCCGAAAUCCCUCCUCUCCCCCUCCGAUAACGCCGCCGUCGUCGGCGGCAACGUCCUCACCUCCCAACGCAUCACCGACGUCAUCUUUCGCGCCUUCCAAGCCUGCGCCGCCAGCCAAGGCGACUGCAACAACCUGACCUUCGGCUUCGGCGGCAACGUCACGGGGCAAACCGCCGUGCGUGGCUUCGGCUACUACGAGACCAUCGCCGGCGGCAGCGGUGCGGGUCCCACGUGGGAGGGCACCGACGGUGUCCACGUGCACAUGACCAACACCCGCAUCACCGACGCCGAGGUGUUUGAGCGGCGGUAUCCGGUUUUGCUGCGGGAAUUUUCGAUUCGCCGGGGUUCGGGCGGGGAAGGGCAACAUCGUGGUGGGCAUGGUGUGGUGCGUGAUAUUGAGUUUCGGAUCCCGCUGCAGGUGUCUAUUCUCAGUGAACGGCGUGUGUAUCACCCGUAUGGCAUGGCUGGUGGCGGGGAGGGUGCGUGUGGGUUGAACUUGUGGGUGCGGAAGGUGAAGAAGGCUAAGUGGGAGAGUAACCUGCGUCGGUUGCAGCGGUCGCAGGCUGAGGACAAUUCCACCGCCGGCCAGAACGUAACGGGAGACGAGGGAGACGAAAAAGAAGACGACGAAUACGAAGAACGGUUCAUCAACCUUGGCGCAAAGAACAGCGCACCCAUGCAAGCCGGCGACCGCAUCAUCAUCCACACGCCUGGUGGGGGUGCAUGGGGGAAAGUCGGCGAGCCCAAGGCACCUGGGGCUGAACGGAGCAAUGGACAGGGUCAGAAGGGGGGCAGGGAGAAGGAGGCCACGCACGGGUGGAAGAAGGGGUCGUAUGCUGCGAGGGAGGAGUUGGCGUUGCAGGCUUGA